AUAUCAAACGUCGAAAUACACUUGAGAGUAUAAGCAGGCUCAACGCCAGACGUACAGACACCAAACACGAUGUCCCCACCACAGAGACCAGGCCCUGUGCCUACGUCAACAUCGUCGUUUUGGAGAUCAGAGCCGCACGAGUUGGACACACAUCGAAGCACGCCCGACCUCCCAUCGGAAUGCGAUGUGUUGAUUAUUGGCGCUGGUUUCGCCGGAGCGGCACUUGCACAUUACAUCUACGAAGACAACCCCUCGCCACCGUCCGUGGUGAUACUGGAAGCACGCGGCCAUCUCAAGCCGGACGUCUACUUCAAUAUGCCCAAGUACAUCAAGAAAUACGGUGUGCGGUCGGCGGUCGAAGUGGCUCAGUUUGAGGCUUCGCAGGUCCACGCCGUCAAGGCCUUGGUGGAAAAGGAGAAGAUCGAUUGUGACUUUGUUCUGACUCGAGCUUGUGACGCUACGCUACAUAAGGGAUUGGCCGACGAGACGGAAAAGGCGUUUGAAGAAAUGCUCAAGGCUGGAGUGACGGACUUCAAGGAUGUUUAUCACGCACGAAAGGGAGAUGCUGAGCGGGUCUCGGGUGUCAAAGGUGCCUUGUCGGCAUUUACAUUCACAGCAGGCCACGUCUGGCCAUACAAGAUGGUAAUGCAUCUCUUGAAGGGGGCAGUGUCGAAGGGUGCAAAUCUCCAAACCAUGACGCCCGUCACAUAUCUCUCCGACAAACCCCUCCCUGAUGGCCGGUGGCUUGUGAAGACCGAACGAGGCGAGAUCAAAGCCAAGAAGGUCCUUCUCGCCACGAACGCAUACACGGCCGAUAUCUCACCACAAUUCAAAGACCACAUCGUCCCCGUGCGCGGAAUCUGCAGUCGCAUAGUAACCCCGAAGGGUCAGGUGGCGCCGCGCAUGAUGCAAACCUACAGUGUCCGUCACGGUCCCGCCAUGUACGAUUACCUUAUCCCCCGACUCGAUGGGAGCAUCAUCGUCGGAGGUGCGAAGCCAAAUUUCUGGUCCGACACCUCACACUGGUAUGAUGUCAAGGACGACAGCAAACUCAUAGAGCCUGCGAAACCGUACUUUGACGGGUUGAUGCAGAGAACCUUUGCAGGUUGGGAGAACAGUGGAGCGUAUACGGACAAGGUGUGGACUGGAAUCAUGGGCUAUAGCUCGGAUUUCAUGCCGUACAUAGGUGAAAUGCCAGGGAAACCAGGCCAGAUGGUUCUGGCGGGCUUCUCGGGACACGGCAUGCCUUUGAUCUUGCUGUCGGCCAAAGCUGUCGCAGACAUGCUCCGGACUGGUAAGAAGUUUGAAGAAACUGGCGUGCCGUCGGUCUUCAAGGUCACCAAGGAACGGUUGGAGAGCACCAAGAAUGAGAUCCUGAGUGAUAGUGGCAAGGGCAAGGUUCAGGCGAAGUUAUGA